AUGACAACCCAACAUGUCAACUCCGCUGCUGGCGAAAGCCUGGAGGAUGCCAUAACCAAGAUCAAGCGGGAAGAAGUUGUCUUUGUCGUGCCGAAGGACAGCGGCAGUGGGUACCGGAUAUAUUCACUCGUCGAGGGCUCAACUUCAGACGGAGAGAAGCCCCUCAACUUGGAAGUUGUGCAAUGUGAACAACACCAACUACCCGAGGAUCUAUCAGGGUUUCUCCUUGGCCAGGGUCGCCUCCCGCCAGCUCACCUGGGCCCCCCGCGUGAGGUGCAUGUCGUGGUAUCAACACACUCGGGACUUAAACUGGCGGAGGACUUUUACCAGGGCGUACUCCGCUCGUUGUUAGGAGCUGUCGGUCUCGAGUCGAGUGAGAUCAAGGGUCAAGGAGGGUACCAAGUGACGGUGACGGAGAGCUCAGACACCAUCCGGGACUUUGCGCAAGGACUAGGGAGAGACGGCUACGCGACAGAGAGGACCGUCAUCCUACUGUCCGGCGACGGAGGCGUGACUGAUUUCCUCAACGGCCAGGACCGAGGCCCCCCACCGCCGGACAACGCCCUCCUCCCCACGAUCGCGCUGCUCCCCCUAGGCACAGGCAAUGCCCUCUUCCACUCGCUGCACAAACCACUCUACACCACCACUACCACCACCAACCCGACCCCCUCCCCCCUCAGCGACACGCCGGCGUACCGCGUGCAUGGCGCGAAGCGGUUUGCGAUGGCGGCGGGGGAGUUGCUGAAGUUGGGGCAUGUUUAUGACGUUGUGGUGGGGGUGCGGAGGGGUGGUGAUGGUGGUGGUGGUGGGAGUGAGGGUGAGAGUGGUGAGGGGGUUGAGGGUGAAGGGGGUGAGGGUGGCAACGGGUUCAACUACAUCCUUGCGACGCUGGUGUCCAACCUCGAAAAGACGUUUGCCAUCUCCCCCAAGAGCCGGCCCCUCGACGGGCGGCUGCGGCUGGUGCACUUCGGGGAUGUCGGCGGGGCCAAGACGAUGGAGAUCAUGAUGGCGGCGUACCGUGAGGGCGAGCACGUGGGCAUGCCCGAGGUGGGGUACGAGGAUGUGGACGAGGUCAAGGUGACGGUUGCCGAGGAGGAUCCGAGGUGGCGGAAGGUCUGCGUUGACGGGAGUAUUGUCGAGUUGGAAAGGGGUGGGUGGGUGAGGGUCGGAAGGGAGGAGAGGGAGAGGGUCAAGAUUUUGGUCGAUGCGGGCGUUGCGAGGUGA